CCUCCAUUAAUUUCUACCGGUCCAUCGCUUCUCCCUUGUUCUUAUCAAUCUAUUUCUCUCAUUUGAUUAUUUCCCCAAAAUCUUCAUUUGAUUUGAUUAAGAUUUUGGGUUGAACAAAAUUAAGAAUUUAGAAAUUAAUUAAUAUUUUUGUUGAAGAUGAAGGAUAACAAGGGAAACCCAUUACGUCUCUCUUCUUUGAAUCAUAUCUCCCACGUUUGCAAAUCAGUUGAAGAAUCUGCUGAUUUUUAUCAGAAUGUUCUUGGCUUUGUGCCAGUUAGAAGGCCUGGUUCAUUUGAUUUUGAUGGCGCAUGGCUGUUUGGUCACGGGAUUGGGAUACAUCUGCUGCAAUCAGAUGAUCCACAAAAAAUGCCCAAGAAAACUGUGAUUAAUCCCAAAGAUAAUCAUAUUUCUUUUCAGUGCGAGAACAUGGCGAUGGUGGAGAAGAAGCUAGUAGAAAUGGGGAUUGAUCUGGUGCGGCAGAGAGUAGAGGAAGGCGGGGUGUACGUGGACCAGCUAUUCUUCCACGAUCCGGAUGGGUUCAUGAUCGAGAUAUGCAAUUGCGACAACAUCCCGAUGGUACCAUUGGCUGGGGAAGUAGUACGCUCGUGCUCGAGGAUCAAUCUGGAGCCGCAGCAGAUCCAUCUCCCCGUGGUACAACCGUAGGAAGCUGGGGGUUGUUUGGACUUGUACGUCAUAACAACACUAGAAAUUCGAUUUGGCCAACUCUAUUUUUUUUGUCUGCUUGUUAUCUUCUUCACUUUGUUCUUGUCGUAAUAAGAUGCUUUAACCGUUUGGGAAUUCCAUUUUAA